GUAUAGUCAGACAACGUCAAAUUAAUCAUGAGUUCUAGCAGCUUGGAUGAGACACACCUGUUUGGAGAGGUACCGGAAGCGAUAGCUCGUGAGGUCGACCUCACCAAAGAUGGCACCACGCUUGGCGUACCACUGGCUCAAUCGAAGCUAAGCUUACGGUCUUCGUCGCCGGAAGAAAAUGAUAAAAGUUCGGGAAUUGGUAGCGCUAUGAGCAGCAUUCUCAACGUGGAGCUCGAUCAACAAGAGAAGACCGGCAAACCGAACGGUGGUGACUUGUUUGUCGCGGUACAAAAUUCCAGCGAUGAGACCAAGCCAAAUGGCGACGUAGACGGCGAUAACUGUUCCGGGGUAGAACAAAUCAACAGUCUCCAGACCGUGGUGAUCGACAUCGAGAACGAGAAUGGAAACGCUCACAACGCCGAGAUGAGUUUUGCCGACGCGGUACAACAGCUUCACACGACCUUCGCCAGCGGAAAGACGCGCAAUGUCGACUUCAGACUCAAGCAGCUCCGGAACCUGCUCCGCAUGUACGAGGAGAACUCCGCCGAGAUGGUGAAGGUGCUGGCCGCCGAUCUUCGCAAGCACAAGCAGGAAGCGCACGUGCUGGAGAUUGACUUUAUGAUCAACGACAUUCGGAACACCAUAUUCAAUCUGCAAGAAUGGGUCAAACCGGAGAAGCCGGAGAAGACCAUGGUGAACAUCAUGGACGGGGUGUACAUCUACAAGGACCCGUACGGCGUGGUGCUGGUCAUCGGAGCCUGGAACUAUCCGCUGCAGUUGACGCUGGUGCCGGUGGCGGGUGCGAUUGCGUCGGGAAAUUGCGUCCUAAUCAAGCCUAGCGAGGUGGCCCCGGCUACGUCGCGGUUCAUUGCCGAAACGAUUCCCAAGUAUCUGGAUCCGGAAUGUUACCGUGUGGUGGAAGGUGGCGCAAAAGAAACAUCUGAGCUGUUGAAACAGAAAUUUGACUACGUUUUCUACACCGGCUCGGGACGCGUGGGACGAAUUGUGCACCAGGCUUGUAACGAGAACCUCACGCCGUGCACGCUGGAACUGGGCGGAAAGAGUCCUUGCUACAUCGACAGCACGGCAGAUAUUGCGAUCGCCACCAAGCGAAUCCUGUGGGGCAAGUUUAUCAACGCGGGUCAGACCUGUAUCGCGCCGGACUACGUGCUGUGUUCCAAGUCGGUCCAGAAGCAGUUUCUGGAAGAGGCUAGAAAGAUUCUGAAGGAAUGGUACGGUACCAAUCCCAAGGAAAGUCCGGAUCUGUGUCGGAUCAUCAACCAGCAGCAUUUCCAACGUCUCAGUGCCAUGAUCAAGGGAGCAAAUGUGGCCAUCGGUGGGGAUAUGGAUUCGCAGGAGAAAUACAUCGCCCCCACCAUCCUCGUGGACGUCAGCUCCAGCGAUCCCAUCAUGCAGGACGAAAUCUUCGGACCGAUCCUGCCGAUCGUCAACGUGGAAAACGCGUACGACGCUAUCCGCUUCAUCAACGCAAGAGAGAAACCGCUAGCCCUGUACAUCUUCAGCAAGCAAAAGGCGGAGCAAAGGGCACUCGUUUCUAACACUUCUAGUGGUGGAGUUUGUAUCAAUGACACUAUGCUGCACCUGGCAGUUGAAUCCCUACCUUUUGGUGGUGUUGGCCCUAGUGGAAUGGGGGCUUACCAUGGAAAGUACUCCUUCGACACGUUUACCCACCGAAAAUCCUGCUUGGCGAAAGACUUCAACAUGAUUGGCGAGAAACUGGCCUCAUCCCGGUAUCCACCGUACUCGGACACCAAGUUGUCUUUCCUGACAACGCUGCUCAAGAAACGGCAAGGCUUCUCGACGAAGUUCCUGCCGUACGUGCUGAUGUUUGGAGUUGGAGUUGCCACUACACUGCUGGUGACGUCCCUCAUGAAGGACGAUGAAUAGAUCGGCAAGGAGUGAAAACCAGCCCAGUCCAGGUCGGACUGUGCAGAUGAUAAUCUCCCCCCUCAGAGACUGCAAAUUGAGCGCCGCAAGCAAUGGUAACAUUUCCAUGAAAUUCAUGUGAUAAAUCCCCUUGAAAUGGUUGGUUUUUAAAGGUGGUAAGGUUUCAGCUUUGUUUUUAGUUAUCUAGAAUGUACACAAACACAGUCUAUCCUUCAUUCACCGUUAUUUUUAUUUUUGUCUGUAUGAGUUUUAGCGUUCCAGUGAUGGAACAUUACGUGUAUGUAUAAGUUUUAACUGUUUUUAAAGCAAUUUUAUGUUUAAAUGUUACAAAUGAAUAUUCAUGAAAACACCAAAACACGGGGUACUGUAUACAGCAAUACAAAUAAAGUGACUGCCUACAGAUAAUUCUGUAUGCAAUUGCA